AUGGUGCGGAUCUACAACGCUACGCGCAAUUCUGUCACAGGUUUCUCCCCCUAUUUCCAUAUGACUGGCAGAGAUUUGAAAUCAACAGACAGAAGCGACUGGAGUUACAGGACAGGGUGCUGUCACUGCUCGAGUCGGAGAAUGGCGGUCCGCGAUGCCGUUGCGGCGGUGCGGGACCUUCGGGCUCAGCUGGAGCAACAGAGUCGUGCCAACAUCAGCCGUGAAGACGUGACUUUGUUACCGGUCGGUUCGCAGGUUUGGUAUAGAUUGCGGGGCAAGUCUCAUGACCUGUCAGCGCGCCGGGGUGGCCCAGCGAAGGUGGUAUCGGUACAAGCUCUACUUACUCACGUGGUGGAGAUGGCACGCAAGUUUCUUCGGGCGGAGUUGAAACUGCAUAUUGGGAAGUUCACGAAGGAGGCACAUGCGAGGACACCCAUGCGUUAUCGCCCGAAUGGUCGCUUUGAGGAUUGGCUCAUGUACCAUUCGCCACUUUGUGGUUCUAAGGACGGGUGCAAGCAGACGGUAGGACACUGCCUGCGCCGUACUAAGAAUGCCCGAACAUGGUCCAACGCCAUGCGUUCGGUCUGGAGCCGUUGGCAGAUGUGGUGCGAUGAGGCGGACCUGGAGUGCUACACACCUCUGGUACCGGGGUCUGGGAGUAAGCAUGUGCUUGACAAGCGGUACACCAAGCUGUUGAAGCGCAUGUUCUCGGAUGAGAAGAAGUGGGUGCACUUCAAGCGCCAGGUAGAGAAAUGUUUUGCCUUUGCGCAAUCGGCAAGAUACAGACGUGGUCGCCUUCGGGCUUGGGGCGAGUUGCAGUUGUCCGAGGACGGGGUGGAUAUGCCAGCACGUCGUUAG